CGAGCGCCGCGCCCCGUGGGUGAAUCCCCGCCGCGCCCCGGGGACCUCCCUCCCGGGCACCGGCCGCCGCCAGCCCGGCCGCCACCAUGAGCCCCCCUCCCCUGCCUGCGGCGCCCCUGCUCCUAGCCAGCGCCACCUCGGAGCCCCGGGGCCAGCGGGAGGUGGGGAGAAUGCCGCCUGGGGUGGGUAAGUUCGGGGCUCUGGUGCCGCUGGAAUUUCCCAUUGUCGCGCACAGCGGCGCGGCCCCCGGACCUGCGAGUGCCUCCUCCCUCCGGAGGUGUGCGGAGGCUUUGUGUGCCAGGUCCGAUCCGUACUGGGUGCAAUGAAAGCUCCACGCAGGCCUUACCAUGGAAGGCUGUGACUCGCCCGUCGUCUCGGGGAAGGACAAUGGGUGCGGUAUCCCUCAGCACCGGCAAUGGACUGAACUCAACAGCACCCACCUCCCCGACAAACCCAGUAGCAUGGAGCAGCCCACAGGCGAGAGCCACGGGCCCCUGGACGGCCUGAGGGCCCCCUUCAAUGAGCGCCUCGCGGAGAGCAGCGCCUCGGCCGGGGCCCCCGCCGAGCCCGCCAGCAAGGAGGUGAGCUGCAACGAGUGCGCCGCCUCCUUCGCCAGCCUGCAGACCUACAUGGAGCACCACUGCCCCGGCGCGCGCCCGCCGCCGCCCCUGAGAGAGGAGAGCGCCAGCGACACCAGCGAGGAGGGCGACGAGGAGAGCGACGUGGAGAACCUGGCCGGGGAGAUCGUCUACCAGCCCGACGGCUCCGCGUACAUCGUGGAGAGCCUGAGCCAGCUGACCCAGGGCGGGGGCGCGUGCGGCAGCGGCAGCGGGCCUGUCCCCUCGCUCUUCCUGAACUCUCUCCCCGGGGCGGGGGGCAAGCAAGGGGACCCUUCGUGUGCUGCACCCGUGUACCCGCAGAUCAUCAACACUUUCCACAUAGCCUCAUCCUUCGGGAAAUGGUUUGAGGGCUCAGACCAGGCUUUCCCGAAUACCUCAGCCCUGGCGGGGCUCAGCCCCGUCCUGCACAGCUUCCGCGUUUUUGACGUGCGACACAAAAGCAACAAGGAUUACCUGAACAGCGACGGUUCUGCCAAAAGCUCCUGCGUAUCCAAAGAUGUUCCCAACAAUGUGGACCUGUCCAAAUUCGAUGGCUUUGUGCUCUACGGCAAGAGGAAGCCCAUCCUGAUGUGUUUCUUGUGCAAACUCUCCUUCGGGUACGUCCGUUCAUUUGUGACCCACGCGGUGCACGACCAUCGAAUGACCCUGAGUGAAGACGAGCGGAAAAUUCUUAGCAAUAAGAACAUCUCCGCUAUCAUCCAAGGGAUCGGCAAAGACAAGGAACCCCUUGUAAGUUUUCUGGAACCAAAAAACAAAAACUUUCAACACCCUUUAGUUUCCACAGCUAACCUCAUAGGCCCCGGACAUAGUUUUUAUGGUAAAUUUAGUGGCAUUCGAAUGGAAGGGGAGGAGGCUCUCCCAGCCGGCUCUGCCACUGGCCCUGAGCAGCCCCAGGCUGGUCUCUUGACCCCCAGCACCCUCUUGAACCUUGGCGGGCUCACCAGCUCGGUCCUGAAGACCCCCAUUACCUCAGUCCCCCUGGGGCCUCUGGCUUCCAGUCCUACCAAAUCCUCAGAGGGCAAGGACUCUGGGGCAGCUGAAGGAGAGAAGCAAGAAGUGGGCGACCCCGAUUGCUUCUCCGAGAAAGCAGAGCCAGCCGAGGAGGAGGAGGCGGAAGAGGAAGAGGAAGAAGAAGAGGCGGAGGAGGAGGAAGAGGAGGAGGAGGAGGAGGAAGAAGACGAGGAAGACGAGGGUUGCAAAGGACUCUUUCCAAGUGAGUUGGACAAUGAGCUGGAGGACAGGCCCCCCGAGGAGCCCGGGGCCGCGGCAGGUGGUAGCAGCAAAAAGGACCUUGCUCUCUCAAACCAAAGCAUUUCUAACUCCCCCUUAAUGCCUAAUGUGCUCCAGACCCUGUCGAGGGGCACAGCUUCUACUAGUUCUAAUUCCGCUUCUUCCUUUGUUGUCUUUGAUGGUGCGAACAGGAGGAAUCGUUUAAGCUUUAACAGUGAGGGCGUCAGGGCCAAUGUGGCAGAGGGCGGCAGGAGGCUGGACUUCGCUGACGAAAGUGCCAAUAAAGACAAUGCCACAGCACCAGAACCAAAUGAAAGCACAGAGGGCGACGAUGGGGGCUUUGUCCCCCAUCACCAGCACGCUGGCUCCCUCUGCGAGCUGGGGGUUGGGGAGUGCCCCUCGGGGAGUGGCGUGGAGUGCCCCAAAUGCGACACGGUCCUGGGCUCCUCCCGCUCGCUGGGCGGCCACAUGACCAUGAUGCAUUCUCGUAACUCGUGUAAGACACUCAAGUGCCCCAAGUGCAACUGGCACUAUAAGUACCAGCAGACGCUGGAGGCACACAUGAAGGAGAAGCACCCGGAGCCUGGGGGCUCCUGCGUCUACUGCAAAAGCGGGCAGCCCCACCCCCGGUUGGCACGAGGCGAGAGCUACACGUGUGGUUACAAGCCUUUCCGCUGCGAGGUGUGUAACUACUCCACAACGACCAAAGGCAACCUCAGUAUUCACAUGCAGUCCGACAAGCAUCUCAACAACAUGCAGAACCUGCAGAACGGAGGCGGGGAGCAGGUCUUCAGCCACACCGCUGGGGCGGCAGCGGCGGCGGCAGCGGCAGCAGCAGCAGCGGCCAACAUCAGUAGCUCCUGCGGGGCCCCCUCGCCCACCAAACCAAAAACCAAACCCACGUGGCGGUGCGAGGUGUGCGAUUACGAGACCAACGUGGCUAGGAACCUCCGCAUUCACAUGACCAGUGAGAAGCACAUGCACAACAUGAUGCUGCUGCAGCAGAACAUGACCCAGAUCCAGCACAACCGCCACCUGGGCCUGGGCAGCCUGCCCUCGCCCGCAGAGGCCGAGCUGUACCAGUACUACCUGGCCCAGAACAUGAACCUGCCCAACCUGAAGAUGGACAGUGCCGCCUCUGACGCCCAGUUCAUGAUGAGUGGAUUCCAGCUGGAUCCCACCGGGCCCAUGGCCGCCAUGACGCCUGCUCUAGUGGGCGGUGAGAUCCCCCUAGACAUGCGGCUCGGGGGUGGGCAGCUGGUGUCCGAGGAGCUGAUGAACCUGGGCGAGAGCUUCAUCCAGACCAACGACCCGUCGCUGAAGCUCUUCCAGUGCGCCGUCUGCAACAAAUUCACGACGGACAACCUGGACAUGCUGGGGCUGCACAUGAACGUGGAGCGCAGCCUCUCGGAGGACGAGUGGAAGGCCGUGAUGGGGGACUCGUACCAGUGCAAGCUCUGCCGCUACAACACCCAGCUCAAGGCCAACUUCCAGCUGCACUGCAAGACAGACAAGCACGUGCAGAAGUACCAGCUGGUGGCCCACAUCAAGGAGGGUGGCAAGGCCAACGAGUGGAGGCUCAAGUGCGUGGCCAUCGGCAACCCUGUGCACCUCAAGUGCAACGCCUGCGACUACUACACCAACAGCUUAGAGAAACUGCGGCUGCACACGGUCAACUCCAGGCACGAGGCCAGCCUGAAGUUGUACAAGCACCUGCAGCAGCAUGAGAGUGGCGUGGAGGGCGAGAGCUGCUACUACCACUGCGUUCUGUGCAACUACUCCACCAAGGCCAAGCUCAACCUCAUCCAGCACGUGCGCUCCAUGAAGCACCAGCGCAGCGAGAGCCUGCGCAAGCUGCAGCGGCUGCAGAAGGGCCUUCCAGAGGAGGACGAGGACCUGGGGCAGAUCUUCACCAUCCGCAGGUGCCCCUCCACUGACCCAGAAGAAGCCAUUGAAGAUGUUGAAGGACCCAGUGAAACGGCUGCUGAUCCAGAGGAGCUUGCUAAAGACCAAGAGAGUGGAGGCGAGAAAGACCAGAACAAGUGGACAGCAUCGUCCAGCCAAGCAGAGAAGGAGCUGACAGAUUCUCCUGCAACCUCUAAACGCAUCUCCUUCCCGGGUAGCUCAGACUGUCCUCUCUCUUCGAAGCGACCAAAAACAUCCGAGGAGAGCAAACCAGAGCAGAUGUACCAGUGCCCCUACUGCAAGUACAGCAACGCCGACGUGAACCGGCUCCGGGUGCACGCCAUGACGCAGCACUCAGUACAGCCCAUGCUGCGCUGCCCCCUGUGCCAGGACAUGCUCAACAACAAGAUUCACCUCCAGCUGCACCUCACCCACCUCCACAGCGUGGCACCCGACUGCGUGGAGAAACUCAUUAUGACGGUGACUACCCCUGAGAUGGUGAUGCCCAGCAGCAUGUUCCUGCCAGCAGCUGUUCCAGAUCGAGAUGGGAAUUCCAACGUGGAAGAGGCAGGAAAGCAGCCUGAAACUUCAGAGGAUCUGGGAAAGAACAUCUUGCCAACUGCAAGCACAGAGCACAGCGGAGAUUUGAAACCUUCUUCUGCUGACCCAGGAUCUGUGAGAGAAGACUCGGGCUUCCUCUGCUGGAAGAAGGGGUGUAACCAGGUUUUCAAGACUUCAGCUGCCCUCCAGACACAUUUCAACGAGGUACAUGCCAAGAGGCCCCAGCUGCCUGUGUCAGAUCGCCACGUGUACAAGUACCGCUGCAACCAGUGCAGCCUGGCUUUCAAGACCAUUGAAAAGUUGCAGCUGCAUUCUCAGUACCAUGUGAUCCGAGCCGCCACCAUGUGCUGUCUCUGUCAGCGCAGUUUUCGAACAUUCCAGGCUCUGAAAAAACACCUUGAGACAAGCCACCUGGAGUUGAGUGAGGCCGACAUUCAACAACUUUAUGGUGGCCUUCUGGCCAAUGGGGACCUUCUGGCAAUGGGAGACCCCACCCUGUCUGAAGACCACACCAUAAUUGUUGAAGAAGACAAGGAAGAAGAAAGUGACUUGGAAGAUAAACAGAGCCCCACGGGCAGUGACUCUGGGUCGGUACAAGAAGAUUCAGGCUCAGAGCCAAAGAGAGCUCUACCUUUCAGAAAAGGCCCCAACUUUACUAUGGAAAAGUUUCUAGACCCUUCUCGCCCUUACAAGUGCACCGUCUGUAAGGAAUCUUUCACUCAAAAGAACAUACUGCUGGUGCAUUACAAUUCUGUCUCCCACCUGCACAAGUUAAAGAGAGCCCUUCAAGAAUCAGCAACUGGUCAACCAGAACCCACCAGCAGCCCAGACAACAAACCUUUUAAGUGUAACACUUGUAAUGUGGCCUAUAGCCAGAGUUCCACUCUGGAGAUCCACAUGAGGUCUGUGCUGCAUCAAACCAAAGCCCGAGCAGCCAAGCUGGAGGCUGCAAGUGGUAGCAGCAAUGGGACUGGGAACAGUGGCAGUGUCCCACUGAGUUCCUCCAUACCAAGUCCCGUGAGCACCAGUGGCAGUAGUAACACCUUUACCACCACCAAUCCAAGUAGUGCCAGCAUCACUCCGAGCUCCGGCUUACUGAGCCAAGUGCCCGCUGAGAGUGUUGGGAUGCUGCCCCUAGGGAAUCCCAUCGGUGCCAACAUUGCUUCCCCUUCAGAGCCCAAGGAGGCCAAUCGGAAGAAGCUGGCAGACAUGAUCGCAUCCAGGCAGCAGCAACAACAGCAGCAGCAGCAACAGCAGCAGCAGCAGCAACAGCAGCAGCAACAACAACAAGCUCAGACACUGGCCCAGGCCCAGGCUCAAGUUCAGGCUCACUUGCAGCAGGAACUGCAGCAGCAGGCUGCCCUGAUCCAGUCCCAGCUGUUUAACCCCACCCUCCUGCCUCAUUUCCCCAUGACCACUGAGACCCUGCUCCAGCUGCAGCAGCAGCAGCACCUCCUCUUCCCUUUCUACAUCCCCAGCGCUGAGUUCCAGCUCAACCCCGAGGUGAGCUUGCCAGUGACGAGCGGGGCACUGACGCUGACAGGGACCGGGCCAGGCCUGCUGGAAGAUCUGAAGGCUCAGGUUCAGAUCCCACAGCAGAGCCACCAGCAGAUCCUGCAGCAGCAGCAGCAGCAACAGCAAAAUCAACUUCUGUCCCAGAGUCACUCUGCCCUCCUUCAGCCAAGCCAGCUCCCCGAAAAGAAAAACAAAUUGGUCAUCAAAGACAAGGAAAAAGAGAGCCAGAGAGAGAGGGAGGGUGCUGAAGGGGGAGAAGGCAUCGCAGGACCGAAGGAGCUGCUGCCAGAUGCCUUGAAGGCCAAAGAGAAGAAAGAGCUGGCACCAGGGGGCGGUUCUGAGCCUUCUAUGCUUCCUCCACGCAUCGCCUCCGAUGCCAGAGGGAACGCCACCAAGGCCUUGCUGGAGAACUUCGGCUUUGAGCUGGUCAUUCAGUACAACGAGAACAAGCAGAAGGUGCAGAAGAAGACCGGGAAGACGGAGCAGGGAGAGAACCUGGAGAAGCUUGAGUGCGACUCCUGCGGCAAGCUGUUUUCCAACAUCUUGAUUUUAAAGAGUCAUCAAGAGCAUGUUCAUCAGAAUUACUUCCCCUUUAAGCAGCUGGAGAGGUUUGCCAAACAGUACAGAGAGCACUAUGAUAAACUGUACCCUCUGAGGCCCCAGACCCCAGAGCCCCCGCCCCCGCCCCCUCCGCCCCCUCCGCCCCCUCUUCCUGCAGCACCCCCACAGCCAGCCUCCACGCCUGCCAUCCCGGCGUCAGCCCCACCCAUCACCUCGCCCACCAUCGCCCCGGCCCAGCCCUCGGUGCCGCUCACCCAGCUCUCCAUGCCGAUGGAGUUGCCCAUCUUCUCGCCGCUGAUGAUGCAGACCAUGCCACUGCAGACCCUGCCAGCUCAGCUGCCCCCUCAACUUGGCCCUGUGGAACCUCUGCCCGCAGACCUGGCCCAGUUGUACCAGCACCAGCUCAAUCCAACCCUGCUCCAGCAACAGAACAAGAGGCCUCGCACCAGGAUCACCGAUGACCAGCUCCGAGUGCUGCGGCAGUAUUUUGACAUCAACAACUCCCCCAGUGAGGAGCAGAUCAAAGAGAUGGCAGACAAGUCUGGGUUGCCCCAGAAAGUGAUCAAGCACUGGUUCAGGAACACCCUCUUCAAAGAGCGGCAGCGCAACAAGGACUCCCCUUACAACUUCAGCAAUCCUCCCAUCACCAGCCUGGAGGAGCUCAAGAUCGACUCCAGGCCUCCUUCCCCAGAACCUCAGAAGCAGGAGUACUGGGGUAGCAAGAGGUCUUCCAGAACAAGGUUUACUGACUACCAGCUGAGAGUCCUCCAGGACUUCUUUGAUGCCAAUGCUUACCCAAAGGAUGAUGAAUUUGAGCAACUCUCUAAUUUACUGAACCUUCCAACCCGAGUCAUUGUGGUGUGGUUUCAGAAUGCCCGACAGAAGGCCAGGAAAAAUUAUGAGAAUCAGGGAGAGGGCAAAGACGGAGAGCGGCGAGAGCUUACAAAUGAUAGAUACAUCCGAACAAGCAACCUGAACUACCAGUGCAAGAAAUGUAGCCUGGUGUUCCAGCGCAUCUUUGAUCUCAUCAAGCACCAGAAGAAGCUGUGUUACAAGGACGAGGACGAGGAGGGGCAGGAUGAUAGCCAAAACGAGGACUCCAUGGAUGCCAUGGAAAUCCUCACCCCCACCAGCUCCUCCUGCAGCACCCCGAUGCCCUCGCAGGCUUACAGUGCCCCCGCACCAUCGGCCAAUACGGCUCCCUCUGCUUUCCUGCAGCUUACAGCGGAGGCCGACGACCUGGCCACCUUCAGUUCAAAAGCAGAGGCGAGUGAUGAGAAACCAAAGCAGGCUGACCCUCCCAGUGCACAGCCGAACCAAACCCAAGAAAAGCAAGGACAACCAAAGGCAGAGCUGCAGCAGCAAGACCAGCCGGAGCAGAAGACCAGUGCACCCCAGCCAAAGCUCCCACAGCUGGCUGCCCCGCCCUCCCUGCCACAGCCUCCUCCACAGGCGCCCCCUCCUCAGUGUCCCCUGCCCCAGUCGAGCCCCAGUCCUUCUCAGCUCUCCCACCUGCCCCUCAAGCCCCUCCACACGUCAACUCCUCAACAGCUGGCAAACCUACCUCCUCAGCUAAUCCCCUACCAGUGCGACCAGUGCAAGCUGGCCUUCCCAUCAUUUGAGCACUGGCAGGAGCAUCAGCAGCUUCACUUCCUGAGUGCGCAGAACCAGUUCAUCCACCCUCAGUUUUUGGACAGGUCACUGGACAUGCCUUUCAUGCUGUUUGAUCCCAGCAACCCACUCCUGGCCAGCCAGCUGCUCUCGGGGGCCAUUCCUCAGAUCCCCGCCAGCUCGGCCACCUCUCCUUCCACGCCCACCUCCACCAUGAACACUCUCAAGAGGAAGCUGGAGGAAAAGGCCAGCGGGAGCCCCGGAGAGAAUGACAGUGGGACGGGAGGGGAGGAGCCGCAGAGGGACAAGCGUUUGAGGACGACCAUUACGCCGGAACAGCUGGAAAUUCUUUACCAAAAGUAUCUGCUGGACUCCAAUCCAACUCGAAAGAUGUUGGAUCACAUCGCACACGAGGUGGGCUUGAAGAAACGCGUGGUGCAGGUCUGGUUUCAGAACACCCGAGCUCGGGAAAGGAAAGGACAGUUCCGGGCUGUGGGCCCAGCCCAGGCCCACAGACGAUGCCCUUUUUGCAGAGCGCUCUUCAAAGCCAAGACUGCCCUCGAGGCUCAUAUCCGGUCCCGCCACUGGCAUGAAGCCAAGAGAGCUGGCUACAACCUAACUCUGUCUGCGAUGCUCUUAGACUGUGACGGGGGACUCCAGAUGAAAGGAGAUAUUUUUGAUGGAACUAGCUUUUCGCACCUACCCCCAAGCAGUAGUGAUGGCCAGGGUGUCCCCCUCUCACCUGUGAGUAAAACCAUGGAGCUGUCUCCCAGAACACUUCUCAGCCCUUCCUCCAUCAAGGUGGAGGGGAUCGAAGACUUUGAAAGCCCCUCCAUGUCCUCAGUUAAUCUAAACUUUGACCAAACUAAGCUGGACAACGAUGACUGUUCCUCUGUCAACACGGCAAUCACCGACACCACAACAGGAGACGAGGGCAAUGCGGAUAAUGACAGUGCGACGGGAAUAGCAACUGAAACCAAAUCAUCUUCUGCACCCAGUGAGGGGCUGACCAAAGCAGCCAUGAUGGCAAUGUCUGAGUAUGAAGAUCGGUUGUCAUCUGGUCUGGUCAGCCCAGCCCCGAGCUUUUAUAGCAAAGAAUAUGACAACGAAGGUACAGUGGACUACAGUGAAACCUCAAGCCUUGCGGACCCCUGCUCCCCGAGUCCUGGUGUGAGUGGUUCCGCAGGCAAAUCUGGUGACAGCGGGGAUCGGCCUGGGCAGAAACGUUUUCGCACUCAGAUGACCAAUUUGCAGCUGAAGGUCCUCAAGUCAUGCUUUAAUGACUAUAGGACACCCACUAUGCUAGAGUGUGAGGUCCUGGGCAAUGACAUUGGACUGCCAAAGAGAGUUGUUCAGGUCUGGUUCCAGAACGCCCGGGCAAAAGAAAAGAAGUCCAAGUUAAGCAUGGCCAAGCAUUUUGGUAUAAACCAAACAAGUUACGAGGGACCCAAAACGGAGUGCACUUUGUGUGGCAUCAAGUACAGCGCUCGGCUGUCUGUACGUGACCAUAUCUUUUCCCAACAGCACAUCUCCAAAGUCAAAGACACCAUUGGAAGCCAGUUGGACAAGGAGAAAGAAUACUUUGACCCAGCCACUGUACGUCAGUUGAUGGCUCAACAAGAGUUGGACCGGAUUAAAAAGGCCAAUGAGGUCCUUGGACUGGCAGCUCAGCAGCAGGGGAUGUUUGACAAUGCCCCUCUCCAGGCUCUUAACCUUCCUACAGCGUAUCCAGCGCUCCAGGGCAUUCCUCCCGUGUUGCUCCCCGGCCUCAACAGCCCCUCCUUGCCAGGCUUUACUCCAUCCAACACAGCUUUAACGUCUCCUAAACCGAACUUGAUGGGUCUGCCCAGCACAACAGUUCCUUCCCCUGGCCUCCCCACAUCUGGAUUACCAAAUAAACCGUCCUCAGCAUCGCUGAGCUCCCCGACCCCAGCACAAGCCACCAUGGCGAUGGCCCCUCAGCAACCCCCCCAACCCCAGCAGCAGCAGCCACAGGUGCAGCAGCCUCCCCCGCCGCCAGCAGCCCAGCUGCCACCCACCCCACAGCUCCCACCGCAGCAGCAACGCAAGGACAAAGACAGUGAGAAAGUAAAGGAGAAGGAGAAGGCACACAAAGGGAAAGGUGAACCCCUGCCUGCCCCCAAGAAGGAGAAGGGAGAGGCGCCCACGGCUGCUGCAGCCACGCUCUCUGCCCCGAUGCCCGCCAUGGAGUAUGCAGUGGACCCUGCUCAGCUGCAGGCCCUGCAGGCAGCCUUGACUUCAGACCCCACAGCACUGCUCACGAGCCAGUUCCUUCCUUACUUUGUACCAGGCUUUUCUCCUUAUUACGCCCCCCAGAUCCCUGGCGCCCUGCAGAGCGGGUACCUGCAGCCUAUGUAUGGCAUGGAAGGCCUGUUCCCCUACAGCCCUGCGCUGUCGCAGGCCCUGAUGGGGCUGUCCCCGGGCUCCCUACUGCAGCAGUACCAGCAAUACCAGCAGAGUCUGCAGGAGGUGAUCCAGCAGCAGCAGCAGCGGCAACUGCAGCAGCAGCAGCAGCAGCAGCAGCAAAAAGUGCAGCAGCAGCAGCAGCAGCAGCAGCCCAAAGCAAGCCAAACCCCAGUCCCCCAGGGGGCUGCUUCCCCAGACAAAGACCCUGCCAAAGAAUCCCCCAAACCAGAAGAGCAGAAAAAUGCCCCCCGCGAGGUGUCCCCCCUCCUGCCGAAACCCCCCGAAGAGCCAGAAGCAGAAAGCAAAAGUGCGGACUCCCUCUACGACCCCUUCAUUGUUCCAAAGGUGCAGUACAAGUUGGUCUGCCGCAAGUGCCAGGCGGGCUUCGGCGACGAGGAGGCGGCGAGGAGCCACCUGAAGUCCCUCUGCUUCUUCGGCCAGUCUGUGGUGAACCUGCAAGAGAUGGUGCUUCACGUCCCCACCGGGAGCGGUGGCGGUGGCGGUGGCGGCGGCGGCGGUGGCGGCGGCGGCGGCUCGUACCACUGCCUGGCGUGCGAGAGCGCGCUCUGUGGGGAGGAAGCUCUGAGUCAACAUCUCGAGUCGGCCUUGCACAAACACAGAACAAUCACGAGAGCAGCAAGAAACGCCAAAGAGCACCCUAGUUUAUUACCUCACUCUGCCUGCUUCCCCGAUCCUAGCACCGCAUCUACCUCGCAGUCUGCCGCUCACUCAAACGACAGCCCCCCGCCCCCGUCGGCCCCCGCGCCCCCGCCCGCUUCCCCCCACGCCCCCAGGAAGGCUUGGCCGCCGGUGGUCGCCCGGGCUUCGGCCGCGAAGCCCCCUUCUUUUCCUCCUCUCUCCUCAUCUUCAACGGUUACCUCAAGUUCAUGCAGCACCUCAGGGGUUCAGCCCUCGAUGCCAACAGACGACUAUUCGGAGGAGUCUGACACGGAUCUCAGCCAAAAGUCCGACGGACCGGCGAGCCCGGUGGAGGGUCCCAAAGACCCCAGCUGCCCCAAGGACAGUGGUCUGACCAGUGUAGGAACGGACACCUUCAGAUUGUAAGCUUUGAAGAUGAACAAUACAAACAAAUGAAUUUAAAUAAAAAAAUUAAUAACAAACCAAUUUCAAAAAUAGACUGACUGCAAUUCCAAAGCUUCUAACCAAAAAAACAAAAAAACACACAAAAAAAAAAAACAAAAAAAAGGAAAAAAAAGAAAAAGCGUGGGUUGUUUUCCCAUAUACCUAUCUAUGCCGGUGAUUUUACAUUCUUGUCUUUUUUCUUUUAAUAUUAAAAACAAAAACACCCCUAACCCUGUUCCAUUGUGUCCUUUUGAAGGUACUAUUGGUCUGGGAAACAGAAGUCCGCAGGGCCUCCCCUAUGUCUUUGGAGCUUAAACCCCUUGUAUAUUUGCCCCUUUUCAAUAAACGCCCCACCUUGAGAGCACAGAGGAGCCCGGCAUGCACUGUAUGGGAAAGCAGUCCACCUUGUUGCAGUUUUAGAUUUCUUGCUAUCUUAGCAUUCAGAUACCAAUGGCUUGCUAAAAAGAAAAAAAGAAAUGUAAUGUCUUUUUAUUCUCAGGUCAAUCGCUCACACUUUGUUCUGUUUUCAGAAUCAUUGUUUUAUAUAUAUUAUUUUUUCAGUUUUUUUUUUUUUUUUUUUUUUUUGGUUCCAGAAAAGAUUUUGUUUUGUUUUUGUUUUGUUUUGUUAAUUUAAAAACGGGCAGAAAGUAUUUGAGAAAAACAAUGUGAACUGCUUUAGCUUUCUGGGGAUUUUUAAGGAUAGCUUUUCUGCUGAAGCCAAUUUCAAGGGGAAAAGUUAAGCACUCCCACUUUCAGAAAAAAAACGAAAAACAAACAAAAAAAAAAACCCACACACACAAAGAGUGUUGAGGACUUGUAGCUUAAAAAAUAAGUUUUAAAAAACUGACUUUCUGUAUUUAUGAUAGAUAUGACCAUUUUUGGUGUUGAGUAGAUUGUUGCAUUGGAAAUGAACUGAAGCAGUAUGGUAGAUUUAAAAGGAAAAAACCUUUUGUGUACAUUUAGCUUUUUGUAUGGUCCAGCUGACAGCUCCUCAUUUGAUGUCGUCUUGUUCAUCCCUAGCAGAUAGAUUACAAUCCGUUGAUUCGCCUAAGCUUUUCUCCCCUUUGUCCCUUAACUCCACUUUUGUCUUUCCUCCUCCCAACUCCCAUCCUAUAAUCUCCCACUUAAGGUAGCUGCCUUCAUUUCUUAGAGGGUAGCUGCAGAAUUAUUUUAUAAAACUAAAGAAAGAAUUUCAAAGGAUUCUAGGGGUCAUUAGGAUCCUCACAGAUUAUUUUUGGUUGGGGAGUUGAAACUUUUUAAAGGCAUAUAAUUCUAGUUACCUUUGUCUGUAGCCUUGUACAUUUAUUUUUUAUUUAUCCUUCCUUUGGCUUUUCUCUUGUACCCCCUUCUUUUCCUCCUUGUUUGGUAGAUGCUUCAAAUAUUCUUUUCCUAAACUAAGGCAUUUGUUUCAGUUUGUGUAAUUGGGUUGUGUACUUUUUUAAUUAAAAAAAAAAGAAAAGAAAAGAAAAGUUUUGGUUAGGGGUUUGGUUUUUGGUUUUGUAUUUGUGUUUUUUCUUUCCUCUCUCAGAAAAAGAAAUUUCAUGCUUUAAAUAAAAUCCAAAGACACACCCUUUCACUGCUGAUGCAGAAAAGAGGGAAAGGGUUCUUGUUACUUGAGAAUUUGUUUCUGAUUUAAACAAACAAGACUUAGUUUAAUAAAAGAAAGAGUAAAACAAAAGAUUCCCAGGUUGUUAGGUGCCUCUUCUGCAAGCAGAGAGGCAACUGUUAAUGACAAUUCCAUAUACCAAAAGACACAUUUUUUACUUCAAAGUUUUGUCCUUGUGUUAGGCAGUCUGAGCGGCGAGUGUUCCAGAGCGCAGCCAACAAAGAAGCAGAUAGCAAUGUACAGAGAGCAGAAGAGGAAACCGUACGUGAGGCACCUGUGUUUAUGUUAGUAUCCACAUUCUUGUAACACAACACAAUGCUACACAUCCCCUUUUUUAAUCUUGAAAACGGUCUGAACUUUGAAAGGAAAACUUUGUGCUGCUAAAACGUAGAUUUUGGAGACAAAUAGAUGCUUUGCUGUUUCACUUUCGUAGCCAAACAUCAACAGACACAAUCUCCCCCUUGCCCCCAAAGUGUGAAGUCCUUUUCCCCUUCAUUCUCCUCCUUAUGUUUCAAAAGGGAACUUUGAAGACUGUGAAUACAGGUUCCAUUGGUCACCUUUCAGGCUUCUUUCCCCAGUGCUGAAGCCUCUCAUCGACUUUGCAAAAGACUGGAGCAUUCCAAGAUCUGAAAAUGGAUUUCUUUUUUCUUUUUUUCUUUUUUAGCCGGGACUAUUUUUAUGAAUUUGUUUUUAGUUAAAUGAAAGAGUAGAUCUGAACUGUUGUACAUACUUCUAACUAGGCUGAUGCACAGUGCAAAUUCCUUUUUAAUUUUUUUAAGUAGAAAUUCUAAAGAAUACCAUCGUAACUAUUCAUAUCAGUAUCCAGUUGUAGCAUAAGGUGUCAAAAACAAGUAUGCAAAACAUUUACUGUUUUAACAAGCUAUUUCCUUUAACAAGAAUUCUUGUAUUUCUCCCUGUGUUUGAGAUGAACAUUUUUAAAUUUUAAAGUUGUACAGUUUUUUCGUUGUUUUUUCAUUAUUUUAUCUUGUUUGUAACUCUAUGAAAUAUAUAUAUAUAUAUUUUUUGCCAUUUAACUGUUGUAUGUUACUCUGUGUCUGUAUCAUAGAAAAAAAAUUGUUUUUGUUUUUGGUUCUUUAUGUGACACCAGUUAACAAUUAACACUAGCUUUACCUGUCAAAUUCUGCUAGGUUUUCUCUAAAAACUGUUUUUAAAAAUGAUAUUGCUUGGUAAUAGUGCAAUUUCUGUCCCUUUCCCUCCCCCCUCAACUUUAACUUCCUUUGUAAUUUUGCUACCCCUUCCCUAAUGGUUUUAAUUUUGGGUGGUUGGGUUUUUUGGUUUUUGUGGGUUUUUUUUUUCCUACUAUGCCAUCCUCCCUCUGUGAGGCAGAGUGACUGUCAUUGUUUUGUUAUGCCAUGCCUUGACCUGUGGGUGUGUUUGGCAACAAAUAAGGUGGUUGGGUAGAUUGGCUAAGCAUGCUUCCACCCACCAGUAUUCCUCUGAGGGGUAUAUGAUUGUUUCAACCUGGAGUGGGUUGCACACUUAAUGCUUUCCUCUACAACUGUACCGCCCACAUGUAUGUUCAUUCAAAGCAGAAGUAAUUCUCAGCACUAACCCAGAAGUAGCAAAGCAGUCAAUGAGGGUGCAAAGUCGAAGUCAAACAUGAGCUGGUCACAUGUUUGUGGGCUGACAUCAUCAGUGGCUAUGACCUGUAGCAUUUACAAAGCAUGAAUUCACUACAACGCUCAACUGUUUGGAUCCAUCUCACUCGGGGAAUCUAUUCCUGUCUGCUGUAUAGUGGGUAGCUGCGUAGGAUAUCCAAACUCACUUUUUAAAUUAGUUCGUAAUCUCCAUUGGCACUUGGCUUUUUGGUUGUUGUUGGUUGGUUUUUUUUUUGUUUGUUUGUUUGUUUUUGUUGUUUGUUUUUGGUUUUUCUCAAAUACUCCACAGUGUGGGUUGGUGCCAGACACAUUGGGUCAUAGCACCAGCUCUUGAUGCACAGAAUGGGAGUGAUUUCAUCCAUCCUUUCUCCAUCCUUCCAAAAAGAAACUUAAAAGGAAAAUACACACAUACACAAUAUAUAUAUAUACACACACACACAGAAGAGUUAAUAUGUCUAGGAAGUUUUUUUUUUUUAAUUAAAUGCUAUUUAAAGAGAUGAAUGUGGCCAAAGUUUUACACAAUUGAAAAUAAAGUAAAACAGACGGCAUGUGUAAACCUGAGUUUUUCAGGCAUGGCAGGAAGUUGCAGGAGAGAGAGGCAGUGACCCAAGCCAGUGCACUUGAUGUUCAUGGACAUAUAUUUUUUUUAAAUAAUAAAUUAAAUUAAAACAUUUUAAAUAGAAGCAUAAAUUGAGUUGGUUGUUUGUUGGCGCUGAGAUACUGCCCACUGUGAAACAAAGCUUUGACUAGUUUUUUUGUUUGUUUGUUUACUUUCUUCAGGGGGGAGGGGGGCAAGUUUGGGUAGGAAAGAAAGCUUAAAUGAACAUGACCCUGAGGUGAAGAGGUAUAUGAACAGCCUUUGCAAUGUACAAAAAAACAAAAACAAAACAAAAAAAAAAAAACAAAAACAAAAAAAAAAAUAGAGCAAGUGAAACCAAAAAUGAUGUUCUUGGUGUUUUUCUAUAAUGUAGUCUUGUUAGCUUUUUUGUUACUGUAACAAUGCUGAUCUUGAACUGUACCAAAAUACAUGGAGACUAACAAACAGAACCACAUGGAACUUUCAAACUGAAAAAAAGAAAUUUGUCACAAAAACUUUGUUGUCAUAGUUAAGUUGAUUGUAGAUGGUAAUUGAAUAUACUCCUUUGGAAAUAUUUCAUCAAGUAUGUUUCCUGCUCAUUGUGAUACAUUAAAAAAAUAUGAGCAAAA